AAUUCACUUCUGCUAAAGUUGAGCUGAGUUUGAACGUAAUCUUUGUUUUUAUAGUAAUUGUAAUUCUAAUUAUAAUGAUAAAUAGAUUGAUUGAUAAUUUAAGAUUCAUGUACUAACAUAUCUGUUAGUAUACGUCAAUAAUAAUGGCAGUUAAUAUUUUAAAAAGGUUACGAUAUUUAGGACAAUUGAGGACUUUAAAUAAGCCAAUAUCAAGACGUUUUAGCAUUUACGAACCGGAUUAUUUGGAGGCAUUAAAACCGAAAUACCCUUUAUAUCCCCCUUUGCUUGUAAGACUACGAGGCUAUGAUUUUCCUAUUUUGGAAAAAUAUCAAAGUUAUGUUCAUAAGGUAGCAAACUUGAUGGAUUUUGAUAUUGAGGACAGCUAUGCUGUCCCUGCUAGAGAGUUGAAAAUUUUAAAAUACAAACCUAAAUCAACAGUAAUAGAAACAGAAUAUUUUCUAAGAGUGCAUGAAAGGGAUAUAAAAAUAUGUGAUGUACCUUCUGUGAGACUAAAAAUAUUCAUCAGGGCUAUUCAAAAGGCUAUACCUCCUGGAGUGAUGUUAGAUAUUGAAGAAUGGUCUUAUGAUAAAGAAAAAACUAGAUUCAUACCAGAUAAAGAAUUAUUAGACUUAAAAGGCGAAUUAGAAGAAAUGCAAAAACCUAAAAAAUAACAGAUAUUUUUCAAGCCAUAAAAUUCAAAACUUUUAUAUAAUAAAAAAAUUUUAUUCCUUUUUUAUAAAAGUAAAUAAUGGUAUAUAUUUACAAUAUAUUAUGUAUAAAAAUAUGCAUAUAUUGCUAUAAUAAUACUCUGUUAUUACGUA